CAAUCUCCCGCCCCGCCUCGCCCCGAUCGAUUCGCCCGCGCCCCCCGAUUCGAUCCGCUCGAUCUGGGAUGCGUUAGAUUCGUUGCCGUUGCCGUGGUGGGCGGUUCAUGGGAGCCAUGAUGACGGAGGUGGACCACGAGGGCUGCGUCGAGAACCGGGCCGCCUCGAGCUCGUCCGUGUCGGAAGGGAGCAGCUGCGGCGGCGGCGCGCUCGCGCGGAUGUCGCCGCCCGUGUCCACCUCGGUCAAUUCCAUCUCCGCGCUCAAGCGAACAAGUGGGCCUAUAAGGCGAGCUAAGGGUGGCUGGACACCACAAGAGGAUGAAACAUUGCGGAAGGCAGUUCAAGCUUUCAAGGGUAGAAGCUGGAAAAAAAUAGCUGAAUUCUUUCCAGAUAGGACAGAGGUACAAUGUUUACAUCGAUGGCAGAAGGUUCUUAACCCUGAACUUAUCAAAGGUCCUUGGACUCAAGAGGAAGAUGACAAAAUUAUUGACCUUGUUAACACGUAUGGACCAACAAAAUGGUCCGUCAUAGCAAGGUCACUACCUGGACGUAUAGGCAAGCAAUGUCGAGAGAGGUGGCAUAAUCAUCUUAAUCCGGACAUACGGAAAGAUGCUUGGACUGCUGAGGAGGAACAGGCACUAAUUAAUGCCCAUCGGGUGUAUGGAAAUAAAUGGGCAGAAAUAGCAAAAGUUCUUCCUGGAAGGACUGACAAUUCUAUAAAGAAUCACUGGAAUAGUUCUUUGAGAAAGAAGUUAGACGUCUAUAGCACAAGAAAUAUUCUGGCUAUUCCGAGACUACUUGGUCAUGAUGACUUCAAGGAUAAACAGAAGCUGGUGGCUUCUGUGGGCCAUCUUGAUCUGAACAAAGUGCCCAGCAUCACUUCAAAAGCCCUACCUGAAAUAGCUCAUCGUUCUAAUUGUAGCCCACUUGCACAGGCAUACAAACUGGAACAUACCAAGGACUGCUCAGGGUUCCUAGCUCUUUCUAUCUUACCAACUGCACAACCACUUGCUUCAUAUGAAUCAGCGGUUGAUGGUUCUGCUGUUACUUUAGCGGUUCAAGGUUUGGAAAGUGAUUCUGUUCGUGACAAGGGCUUGGAAAUUGUUUCUGUUCAAGAGAAGGGACUUGAUGUUGAUUCCACCCUAAAUACCCUUGGGGAGUCUGGUACCACUCAGCUAGAAGCUGUACCAGCGAAAGGUGAAGAAUCAUCUUUGAGGAAUGAGGUGCAGUCUAGCCUCGGUCCUCUUUGUUACCAGAUUCCUAACAUGGAAGAUGUAGCCCCUCAGAGCUCCUCGCUCUUUUCUGCACAUCAUACCGUGCAUCAGACAUCCGAACAUUGCAGGGAUGGGGUACUGCCACCAAAUGGUUGUACUACUCCAACCCAGGGAACAACGUCAAGCCAGUUUAGUGUUGAUUCAAUAUUGAAGAUCGCUGCUGACAGUUUUCCAGUCACUCCUUCAAUAUUAAGAAGAAGAAAACGGGACAGAUCAACACCUGCUAGUGACUUCAAGCUUGGUGAACUGAACACUGAUAGCUUCUACACUCCUGCUGGGAAGCGGACUGCUACAGGUUGUACCCCAGAGUCGUUUAAAACAGCAUCCUUUAUGCCACUGGGUUCUCUUGAUGGGCUAGCAAGUUCUGUGAGGGGAUUUGAUGUUUCACCUCCUUACCGGAUAAAGUCAAAAAGAAUGUCCGUCACAAAAACAGUGGAGAAACAAUUAGAUUUUUCAUCAGAUGGAUUGGGUACUUGUGGUUCGGAGGUUGUAACAAAAGCAGUUGAGAAGCAAGUAGAUUUUUCAUCAGAUGGGUUGGGUACUUGUGCUUCGGAGGUUCUGAACUCACCUUGCCAGAAUUCUCAAGGCACAAAUCCUUUCAGCGAAACCCCGAUAAUAAAAGAAAAGGAACAUAAGGGGCAUGCCAUGCAGCUGGAAACUUUAGCCAAGAACAUCGCGUGUACAACCAAUUUGGAUGUAGCCUAAUUCUACAAUGCGCAGGAGCUGUUGUCAAUGUAGAAUUGUUGAUGAAGUCUGACAGUUGAGCAAGAAGGCCUUGUAAGCUCACCGAUGAGAUGGGCUCUGUAGGAUCAAACCAAAAUGCAUACUAAAUGCAACUCCUGAGAGGAAAAUGACUUGGACGACUGGAUCAAAGUACUGGAUAUGGAAGGACCGGCGCGUCUCUUAACAAGGGUCUAGGAACACGUUCUCUAAAUUUGGUGGAGCUCUAUAGAAGAUUUUAUUUUGCUCGUUGCACCUUUGUAUACUUGAUAGAAGAAAUAGGGAUUCGGAUUGUAGAAGCCCAAACUGUGUAGAAAGGUAAACCAUAGCUUUAGAAGAAGAAACACAUAGCUGAAUAAGGGUCUCAAUUGGAAUGGAAGGGGCCAAGGGGUGUUAAGUUUUUUUUGGCAACUUUUGUAAUGAUGAAAUCUUUUUUUAUUACUGGACAAAGUCUGGCAAUAGUUUUGUUUGUCAAGAAUGUAUUCAUCAGGCUUGAUUUGUUGCUUGA